AUUAAAUCAUUAGCAUGGAUGUUCAACGGUUCAAGUGAUGCCAGACAAAUCUUUUCCGUUUUUAUUCAUAUUCUUCGGAUUGGAUUGAGUGGUAUCGAACCAAAAUCGUCGGCUGCCAUCUCCUUCACCACCCGCGCACAGUCGUAUUUAAAACCCUAUACGCAAGAUAGGACAAGAAUCUUCCUAAAGCGUCUUUUAUCUAAGACGCUUAAAGUAAGCGUAAGAUUCCUAAUUUUGCUCUCAUCUCGUGGUGUAGCUUUACUGUACAGCAUUUUUGCAAUGGCAAGGAAGAUGCUGGUUGAUGGGGAGCUGGACAAAACCAAUGAGGCAGUGGCGGAGUUCGUGCUUCAAGAUUUUCAGCUCAGAAUGGAGCUAAGGUUGGUAUCUGUGAGCUCCCAUUUCAUCCUAUCAGCUCAGAAACUGUUGGAGGAGUUGGCGGAACUUUCUGCUAUGUUUCAUUUUUCAACUGCUUGUCUUUCUUGUAGUCCUUUUAGUGUUACCAAAUUUCCACUGUGCCAGUAUGGCAUGGCUGCACUGCAGUUUUUGCCUUAUUGCCACUAUAAAUUUGUGAAGGAUGGCGGUUAUGGUGGCGCCACAGGCUGCCAUAGCAGGCCUCUGAAUCUGUGUGUUAUUCGUGGUUGUGUUCCUAAAAAGAUUCUGGUCUAUGGUGCUUCCUUUGGGCCUGAACUGGAGGACUCAAGGAAUUAUGGAUGGGAACUUAAUGAGAGGAUUGAUUUCAAUUGGAAGAAACUUUUACAAAAGAAGACUGAAGAAAUAGUUAGAUUAAAUGGGAUCUACAAGCGGUUACUUGCAAAUGCAGGAGUUAAGCUAUUUGAAGGAGAAGGGAGAGUUGCUGUGUUAUCAAUGGUGGAUGGCGGCCAAGAUCCCGCCAUAGGGUCCGCCAUGGCAGCCAAUGGCGCUGCCAUAACCGCCAUCCAUCACAAAUUUAACAUGGCAGUUCGGCAAAUGACGGAGAGGAUGGAGUUCACCCUAUGCCAGAAGGAGAGGAUGCUCGAGUUAUGUCGGUUGCAAAAUCCAAAUUCGCGCAAAGUACAGGAAUUAGCCAUAACCUCUGACGAGGCUUUGAGCUUGGAAGAGUUACCAAAGCGAGCUGUUGUACUUGGUGGAGGGUAUAUUGCUGUUGAAUUUGCUUCUAUUUGGCGAGGGAUGGGUGCAACAGUGGAUUUGUGUUUCAGAAAAGAACUUCCUUUAAGAGGCUUUGAUGAUGAGAUGCGAGCAGUGGUUGCAAGAAAUCUGGAAGCCAGGGGUAUCAACCUACAUCCCAGAACAACCUUAACUGAGCUGGUUAAAACUGAACAUGGUAUAAAAGUUCGUACUGACCAUGGUGAAGAAAUUGUGGCUGAUGUUGUCCUCUUUGCCACAGGUCGUGCUCCGAACACCAGAAGGCUAAACCUGGAAUCUGUAGGUGUUGAGCUUGAUAAGACUGGAGCUAUUAAGGUUAAUGAAUACUCCUGCACCAACAUACCCAGCAUAUGGGCCAUAGGUGAUGUUACAAAUCGAAUGAAUCUAACUCCCGUUGCCCUGAUGGAAGGAACUUGCUUCGCAAAAACUGUUUUUGGUGGACAGCCUACUGCACCUGAUUACGAUCAUAUCCCUUGUGCUGUGUUCUGCAUACCGCCACUAUCUGUAGUUGGUCUUAGUGAGGAACAGGCUAUAGAACAAGCAAGUGGUGAUAUUUUAGUUUUCACAUCAUCAUUUAAUCCAAUGAAGAACACAGUUUCGGGACGACAAGAGAAAACGGUUAUGAAGCUUAUUGUUGAUGCCGAGUCUGAUAAAGUUCUUGGAGCAUCCAUGUGUGGGCCAGAUGCACCUGAAAUUAUGCAGGGCAUUGCUAUUGCACUCAAAUGUGGAGCCACCAAAGCUCAGUUUGACAGUACGGUUGGCAUUCACCCUUCUGCUGCCGAGGAAUUUGUCACCAUGCGUUCGGUGGCUAGGCGAGUCUCACCUGUCCGCCUACGCCCGCCUAGACGCCGCCUAACCGCCUGGCCGCCUAGGAGGCCUAGGCGCCGCCUAGCCGCCUGGCCGAUUUUUUCUGCCGAUUUGUACAAAUCGGAGACGCCCGGACACCGCCUAGCGCCUAGGCGCCGCCUAGGCCGAUUUUUAGAACAGUGCUUGUUGCCGAGUCAGCAGCUGGGCGACGGCGACGAGAUGGGAGAAGGGCAGUUGGGGAUGUUGGCAGGGAAGAACCCGCAGUGGCUGAGUCUCGGACUCACCGACGAGCAGGUCGCACGGCGGCGGCAGGGAUGCGAGGCACACGGCCAACCACCACUCGUGACGAGCGGUGAUGGGUUGUACAUUGCCACUGAUCGUACGAGCUGCGAACCUAUGGCCCGGUUUGUUGUCUCCGCUUGUCGGCUCCAUGCCAUCGAUGUCCCAAUAUGCCGCUGGCUGGAAUUACCUGAUCUAUCGCUGAGUUGA